AUGCAUUUUCUGCUCCUCUUGUUCUUGGGGUUGUUACAGUUGGUGUCUGCAGCCAGGUCCGGCACCUAUUAUGCCGGUUGGCCUGUUGGUGACAGCACAUGGAAGGCUACCGAUUCAGUCUUUCAGCGAGAGACCGGCAUCGCCAGGUACCGCUUGUUCCAGGCCGACGGAAUUAUUUACAAGUAUCAGCUCGAUUUUGACGUGACCGAGAGACAAGGCGAGUACGCCAGUACCUAUGUGUUUUACGACUCGGAAGGAGACGAGUACUACAAGGUGGUCUUUGCCACCGGCACCCAUACCCUCAACUAUAAUAGUGGAGACCCCUAUAUUCAGCAGGUCAAGGUUGUCGAGGAUUAG